AAAAUGUUUAUACUAUUGUGGAAGGAGUCAGCGACGGUCCGUGAGUUUUCGCCACCAGUGGCUGUUUUCUUUCUCCUCUCCCCGAACUCCAAAGUCCCACCAAAACUGAGUUUCAAAAGCAGAGGAGAAGAAGAUGACAGCGGCUCUAAACCUGCCUAUCAUAGACUUGUCCUCACCAGAUUCCCUCUCCUCCGCCACUUCCAUCCGUCAGGCGUGCAUAGAGUGUGGUUUCUUCUACUUAGUGAAUCAUGGUAUUGAGGAAGAGUUGCUCGGGCAUGUGUUCGAGGAGAGCAGCAAGCUGUUUUCGCUGCCAUUGGAGGACAAGUUGAAAUUGGCUCGCAAGCAACACAGAGGUUACACCCCACUCUUUUCCGAGAACCUCGAUCCCACUUCCACCUCCAAAGGUGACUCAAAAGAGAGUUAUUAUAUCGGACCGUUAGAUACUCGCAGUAAUUUGAAUCAAUGGCCUUCAGAAGAUAUCCUACCAUCUUGGAGACCGACAAUGGAAUCCUACUAUAGAAAAGUCCUGUCUGCUGGAAAAAGAUUAAUCUCACUGAUUGCCCUGGCUUUGAACCUGGAUGAGGAGUUUUUCGAGAAAGUGGGGGCGCUGAAUAAGCCAACAGCAGUUCUUCGCCUUUUGCACUAUCCAGGUCAACUAGGAUCAACUGAUGAAGAAAUAUACGGUGCUUCUGCUCAUUCAGAUUAUGGGAUGGUCACUCUCCUUGCAUCAAAUGGAGUUCCUGGACUUCAGGUUUGUAGGGAAAAAUCUAAACAACCACGGAUCUGGGAAGAUGUUCUUCACAUAGAUGGGGCAUUCAUUGUUAACAUUGGGGACAUGUUGGAGAGGUGGACUAAUUGUUUGUUCAGGUCAACACUGCAUAGAGUGAUGCCAGCAGGACAAGAGCGCUACUCUGUGGCAUUCUUCUUAGACCCCAAUGAAGACUUUGUGGUGGAAUGUCUGAAAAGUUGUUGCAGUGAAGCAUCACCCCCAAGAUUUCCUCCCAUCCGCAGCGGGGACUACCUGAAAGAGCGAUUCAGGCUUACAUAUGGCUCAUAGGACUGAAUUUAAAAGCACUGGCUUAGCUCUUCAGAUCCUAGGCUGCAUCUGGUGGUAUAUGCAAACUAAAAGGUGUCAUGAGCCCUCACUAUCUGUCUUUUGUAGUUGCAAGUACAUGAUGAUGAUAUUAUGUGAUUAUAAACGGCUUGUAGAACCAUAUAAGUUAUAACUCAAUACAAGUUGUUCCAUAAUUCUGUUUUCCAUGGAAAUAAA